AUGGAUUCAAUGUCAAAGCUUCAAGCAAGAGUUGAAGAUAGGUUGAGUGCACUACCAGAUGAAGUUAUUUGUCACAUACUUUCCUUCCUCGGGACAAACUGUGCUGUGAGGACCACGAUUCUGUCAAAGAGGUGGAACAACAAAUGGACUUUGGUUCCCAAUCUAGACUUCGAAGACGAAGAGUUCUACAGACUUGUUCAUUUUGAAAGGUUUGUUAAUUGGGUCCUUGACUUUCGUGGCUCAUCAAACAUCCAAAAGCUCAAACUUGAAUGUUCGCGUGAUAUCGACUUUGAGUGGGAAUCAUACAUUGAAAAGUUCAAUGCAGAACGAAGGCGUGAUAGAUAUCACUCUCGUAUUUGGCGCUGGAUUGACACUGCCAUUGGGCGUAAUCUUGUUGAACUUGACCUGAAUAUUGAGUUCUUUCCAGACGGAAAUGAUUUUGGGUUACCUAGGAGCCUUUUCGAGAGUAAUACACUGGAGGUAUUGAAGCUUGGGUCAAAUUUUAUUAUCGGUCAUCUUCCUAUGCCAAGGAACUACUUCCCAAGCCUCAAGAUGCUAAAUGUUUCAGUUCAUCAUCCUCGCAAGUAUUCAAUGGAAAAGCUUUUUUCUCACUUUCCAGUACUUGAAGAUUUGGUUAUAAAUGCUACUCUUGGACAAAAGGAAGAUUUGAAUGUCUACAUCUCUGCACCGAAACUGAAGAAACUAAGAAUGCAUUUGUGGGUCAAAGAUGGUGAUGACUGUGAUGAUCAUGAGUACAAGUUUUCCAUUAAAGCUCAAAAUCUUGAAAGCCUUGAACUCGUGAAGGAAAAGUUGACAAAUUUUACUUUGGAGAAUGCAAAAUCCCUAGUCAAAGCCGAAAUGUAUCUCGGACGACAGUGUGCAAAAGAACAGCCUGAUCAAAGGAUUAGAGGAGUUGGUGCAAAGCCAAUUAAUGUGGAAGAAUUGGAAUACCACUCCUUCAUCCAUUUUAUCCAAUUCAUAUUGGGUUGUUUGCUGCCUACUUUUGAAUACUUGAACCAUUUGAAGCUGCAUCUUCGUGAUUGCAAUUAUGGGAGAUUGCUAACAGAGUCACUCCAGAAAUUUCCUAAUCUGGAAUGUCUUGACAUUGACUAUUGGUUCCUAAGUCAUGAAGAACUUUCUCUACCAGAGUUUGUGCCGUUUUGUUUAUUGUCACACCUCAAGACUAUCCCUAUACGAGGAUUUGAGGGAUGUCAAGUUGAGAUGGAAGCAGCAAAGUACUUGUUAAGGAAUGAUAUGGAUUCAAUGUCAAAGUUUCAAGGAAGAAUUGAGGAUAGGUUAAGUGCGCUACCAGAUGAAGUUCUUUGUCACAUACUUUCCUUCCUCCCCACAAAAUUUGCUGUGAUGACCACGGUUCUGUCAAAGAGAUGGAAAAACAAAUGGACUGCUGUUUCCAAUCUAGAUUUCAUGGAUGAAGCAUUCCAUAGAGAUGUUGAGUUCAAAAGGUUUGUAAGUUGGGUACUUGACUUUCGCGGUUUGUCAAACAUCCAAAAAUUCAAACUUGAAUGUUCUCGUUACUACAAUUUUCAGCGUUCACCCUACAUAGGAAUGUUCACUGUUGACCAUAGGCGUGAUAAAUAUCUCUCUCUUAUUCGUCGUUGGAUUAGCACUGCCAUUGGGCGUAAUGUUAUUGAACUUGACCUGUAUAUCGAGUUAUUUUCAGAACGACAUGAUUUUGUGUUACCUAAGAGCCUUUUUGUGUGUAAAACACUGGAGGUUUUGAAGAUUGGGCCAAAUUUUAUUAUCAAUGAUCUUCCCCAGUCAGAGAACUUCUUCCCAAGCCUCAAGUUUCUUGCUGUUUUUGUUCACCAUCCUGACAAUGGCUCAAUGGAAAAGCUUUUUCCUCACUUUCCACUACUUGAAGAUUUGGCUAUAGAUGGAAUCCUCGGGCAAAAGGAAGAUUUGAAAGUCAACAUCUCUGCACCUAAACUGAAGACGUUAAGAAUAUAUUUGCAGGUUGACAGAUGUGAUUAUCAUGAGCACAAUUUUUACAUUAGAGCUCCAAAUCUUGAAAAUCUUGAUCUCAUGCAAGAUAAUUUUAUAAAUUUUACUUUGGAAACUCCAAACUCCCUAGUCAAAGCUGAAGUUGAUGUCAGAGGGCGUUAUGCAAAAGAAAAGCCUGAUCAUACAAUUGCACUUCCUGAAGGAAUUUCCAAUGUCAAGUACCUGUCUCUCAGAGAUAAUACUUUCGAGGGUUGUCCUCUGCCUACUUUUAAUAACUUGAACCAUUUGAAGCUGUGUCUUUGUGAUUGCAAUUAUGGGAGAUUGCUAACAGAGUCGCUCAAGAGUUUUCCUAAUCUGGAACAUCUUGACAUUCAAUAUAGGUCCCUAAGUCGUGAAGAACUUUAUCUACCGGAGUUUGUGCCGUUUUGUUUGUUGUCACGUCUCAAGACUAUCUGUAUAAGGGGAUUUGCGGGACAUCAAGUUGAGAUGGAAGCGGCCAAGUACUUGUUAAAGAAUGGUAGACUUCUGAAAAAGAUGACAAUUGAUACUUAUUACCUGCACAACAAAAUGGAGGUGUUGUAUAAGGAAUUUUUGAUGCUUCAAAGCGGUUCACUGAAUUGUCAAGUUGAAUUUGUCAAAAUGAAAUAGGACUCCUUCGAAGUUCAAUUCCAGGUUUGUUCUAAGUUGUACAAGCACCGUCUUUGCUAAUAGAAGAUGAAUACUACAUUCAGUUUCAAUUUCAUUGCAAGCAUAUGCAACUCAGGCGUGAGUUCGAUUAUGAUGGAACACAAACUAGCUUUCUGCUUUCCCUUCUUGUUUUUAUUAUAUUUCUCCUGUGUUUCUUGAAGAACUCAGGCAGUCGGC